AUGUUCGCAGCAGGGUCCCACAUACCCCUCCUGGGUGUGUGCCUUCCAGACGCCCUUGUACUUCAGCAGCUAUACUGCAACCUGCAUCUACACCUAAUCAUCACGUCUAGUUUCUUGGCCCGGGCCUUGACUGUCCUUACGACCACGGCACUCUUCAAGCAGGUCUACGGUUACCCAGCCCUCCAGCCGAGUCUACUGCAAUCACCGGUCACUCCUGCCCUGGCUCAUCUUACGCCACUGCCACCUGACGAUGUGGAAUACACCCUCGCGGAUGAAAAAUGGCCAGCCACCAGGAGCCUAGGCAUCCACUACGGUGAAUGCUACUAUAUCAAAGAUUUACUACAAGUUCGGAAGCGCACGACGAACCUUCCAAGUUUGGAACACACGGUCAUUCCCAAACCCCCCCCCCCCGAUGCAUAUUGGAACUAUGCAGUGCGCGAUGGCGGCAAGUUCUUCCUCUGGGAUCCGCAGGGCAGUCCCCAGACGAAUGGGGGCAGUUGGGUAGCCACCAAUCUAGGCGGCUACACUUAUCCUGGCUUCGGCGGGUACUGGUACUAUUUGCAGUUCAAGGGACAUCCGGCGCAUAAGCGUCCUCAGGGAGGAACUGCUCGCGGUCUCAAGGUCUCGGGUGAUUAUAUCUGGAAUGAGGACAACGAGGAUACUAUCGAUGUUAUCUUCGUGUCGACAGGUUGCCAUGAUGAUGAUAACGAUGCCGUCGAUGUGUAA